AUGAAGAAUUUUCUGAUAAUUUUUGCGAUUCUCCUGAUUGUGGCCAUUGGUUUGUAAUUCCAAAACUACGAACUUCCAUUUGAAUUUUCAGAAACCGCACCAGUUUCACAGGAAGUCGCAAGAAUUGGACUUUCUCCUUUACCCUGUGGCUGUUGUCGUUGUUGUAACUGUAAAUGUCCAUGUUGUUGUGGAUGCAAAUGUCGAAAAUGCAAUUGUCCGAAUUGUCCGAGAUGUCGAAAUAAUCAAAAUAUGAAACCAUCAAGAACUCGACCAGGCGCAACAUUUUUGGGAAGUCGAAGACUUCCAAAUGGAUUGAUCAGGAGAUAUUAUAGAGCAAAAUAA